AGUUCCUGUUUCGAAUUCGUUUCUCGUGACAGAUCGUAUGACACUUGGGUUGUGGAUACAAACACCAGACGGUGUGCAGUCAUGGCAAGCAACAAAUUCCAGAUCGUAGUCCAGGGCGAAGCGUCUGAAACAGACUCAGAGGAUGAACUGUACCUCACAUCCGCCCCUCCUGUGAGCACAUCCUCAUCAUCCAUAGGGAUGAAGGUGGCGGGAGAAGCAUCUGAAACUGACAGUGAGGAUGAGGAAGAAAGAGUUCGAUGUCUGGCCUCUGAAACCCAACAGCAGCUCCGUAAAGACCUGCCGCCCCUCAUCGUGAUCAGAAACACUCCGGCGUCUGCGGCCACACAGGAGGAUAGAUUAUCCCUGUAUAAACCAGAGUCAGAUCGGUUUAACACUCUGCUCCAGCAGAAGCUACAGGAAAGCAAUGCGAGACUGUGUACGGAUGUGAAUCAAAGCAUGAGGCAGGUGUAUCAGAGCGCUGCCAGAGACGUACGACAGGCGACGGCUCAUCUGAACAACUCGCAGACAGGCAUCAUCAACGCAUCCCAUAGCAUCAGACUCGUACUAGAAGAUCUGAAAUCUGUUUCUGAGAAGAUAGACAUCAUCACGAGCUGUCAUUUACUGCCGGAUAUCACCAUGCCUGAACAAUCUUAAUGCGC